AUGCAAAUUGACGAACAAACAUACAAUGUUGAAAAAUUUAGCAGUCAGGAGAAAGUAACUAACAAAGCUGAAGACAACCUCCACCCUUGUGUUAAAAAUGCUAUUAAAAAAAUUAUAGAAGACGAAGAGUUUACAAAAUACAUAGUGAAAGUAAAAGCUCUUGAACCUGACGGUGGCAACUAUUUGGCGAACCUAUAUGAAAUUGAUAUCUUAGAUGAGGCUCCAAAUGGUAAAAAGAAAAUAAAUUUGUUUGUAAAACAAACUGUAUGUGCUGACAAUUUAUACGGUUUUAUCGAUAUUGAGGAGGCUUACUUGAAAGAAGUCUUCUUCUAUACAGACGUUUCGAUUAUUUUGGAUAAGCUACAAAAUGAAGCUAAUAUCCCAACAAAUGAAAGAUUUAGAAAUGUAAAAUGUUGGCCAGAAUCCGGUGUGGAAGCAAUAAUUAUGGAAAAUCUGGCCAAGAAAGGAUUUAAAACUCCAUACCGGAAGGAGAUCGCAGAUCUUAAAUUUGCUCAGUUAUCAAUUCAGCAAAUCGCAAAAUUUCAUUCACUAAGUUUUGUUAUAAAGAAGAAGAUGCCGGAAUACUUUGAAAAUAAAAUACGAAACUUAAAAUCUGUAUUACAUUUGACUGAUAAAUAUAUUGAAGUUUGCACUAAAUGUACUAAAGCGGCGGUCAGUCACUAUGAUGAAGACAUAAGAAAAGAAAUUAUGAACGACUUACCUGGUCUAAUUGAUACUUUUUUUAAGUAUUUAAAUGAAGCUGUUACUUCUGCAAACUGUCUUUGCCACGGCGAUUAUAGACUGAACAAUAUACUGGGUAAAGAAGAAGAUGGUGAAACAACAGAAGUUCUUCCAAUCGACUACCAACUAAUAUUCUACGGUCCCCCAGUCACAGAUCUCAUUUACUUUAUGUACACUUCCGGUGACACACAAUUCAGAGAAAACCACGAAAGAGAUCUAAAAGAUCUAUAUCGUGCUACGAUGAAUGAUUUUCUAAGUUAUUACGACAUAGAUAUAGAAGACGUCUUUCCAAAUAAAGUUUUUGAGAAAGAUUAUGAAUUUAUGCGAGACUUUGGAUUUUUUUGUUCAUUUGCUAUUUUACCGGUAAUUUUCGCUGAAUCUAUAGUGCUAGAACCCGGCAGUGAUCUGUUAACACAAGACAUUUGUGUUGGUAAAAGAUUCCCAGAAAGGAUGGCGGGUUUAUAUGAAGAGUAUAAACGAUUUAAAAAUCAAAAACAUAAUCAGAACUAA